AUGACUCCGAAUUUGCAUUUCCUGCGAGACCCUCGGAAAACAAAACUGCGACGAAAAAGGUUUAAAUUCCUGUUCGGUUUAGUGCUGGGCCUCAUCAAAAGUUUUGCACUCUACUGUCUUCUGCGUUACCAACUAGAAACCGAAUUGCUGACCACAUGGAUCAUUGUCAUCGCAUUAGGCUUUAUAUUCACAAUCCUGUCCUGCUGUAGUUCCAAUUUUCAGUGCCUCAUGCUGCUGAUGAUACCGCAGAUUCUGAGCAAACGAGGCCGAGCUGCCAUGAUAGCUUACGUAUUCGUGUUGACGCUGAACGGACCGGCCAGAAAUACGGUCGCGAACAUCAAUGUUCUUGGUCGAGCAAUGACUUGUGGACAGGAGCAGCUGAAGGGUGCGAUUCAUGAUGCCUUGCAAGCGGUCAAAGUUCCGUUUGUAGCGCUGAAGAGAACAAUUGGUGAAAUUCUUAGCGAAGUGGAAAAGGCUUUUGCCAAAGUUCAUCGAGUUCUAAUAAGAAUAUUACGGUUAGUGAAACGAAUUUUAAAUACCAUAAAGUUGGGAUACCAGUGGCUAGCGAAUGUUGUAUCGGUAUGCAAUAAGAAGAUCGGCACUCCUUUCGAGCGGUGCUAUCAAGCUCUACAAUCCGCCGUUGAGGACUGCAGACAGAAAAUUCCUUCCAUGGCAUUUCUCUGUGAAGUCACACACGUUGCGAAAGUGGUUUGCUACAGCGUCAAGUUUAUAGAUUUCAUGUGUGAACUGAUUGAUUUCGUAAGCGAUAAUAUUGUUGAAACGAUAGAGCAGAAGUUGAAAGACUUCAUGGAGAACAUUCGGAAUAUGUUUUACGUGGAAGUUGAUUUCGAUCAUGCCUUUGCAUUCCAGACCAACGCAUCCAAAACAUUCUCGCAAAUUACUUGGGAAAUAAGGGAGGAAAUUAAUCAAAAAAGCAAAGGAUUGUUCACUUUGUUCAACAUUUUUGGAAUUGUCUCUAGUUUUUGCUUUAUUUGUGUUAUAGUUAGAUCCGUACGGUAUAAGACGAAGUACCUCACCAAAAAUGCUUUUGACAAUUGUUACCUAAGCCAAGAAUUUAUAGCAAUCGACGAACGAAGACGCCGGAUAGGACGGGACAGUUUACUCCCGCUUACGCGAAGGGAACGCCAUCGGUAUAUCAGUCUAACCUCCUGCAAAUUGACCCGAAAGGAAAAGUUUCGUAUCGCAAGAAGUGCCGUUUUUCUGUUUGUUUCUUCUGUUAAAAUUGUCGGACUAGUCAGUGCCGAUUACUGUCUGUACUGGCUGUUGGUCACAGUUCGCUACGCUGCUCUGAAACAAGCUGGAAUCGAGAGACCCCCGAUGGUCACACUAGAGGUUCGUGGAUUUGGUAUCGUUGCCGAUAUGUAUCGGGGGAUUGUUGGCGCAUUUGAACCGAUGGUCCAACAGCUGGACGUCAUCGACGCAGUGCAGUGUGCACCUGAACCUGUAGAGCCGAAUUUGAACCGAUAUCUGCUGAUCUGUUUGUUACUACUUUUUUGUUGGAUGGCCACAGUUUUGGAACCGUAUGGGUUGCGUACUCGUCAAAUAAUUAUGAGGGGUUAUUUUCCAGAAAGAGCACGAGAACGCGCUGUUUGGUUGUACAAUGACAUACUGUUGAAACGGGAAACUUUUGUCAAAAUCGCCCGAAGGCAGCUGGCUUUUGGGAGGAAACUAACGACUGAAGAAGUUAUUAGUUGGAUGGAUGUAAUCAGAGCGAAAACCAAUAGAUGCUGGAUUUGUCGCAAGAUUCUGGGAGAAAGUGGGGUCAGAAGAUGCAUUUUGUGUAGCACAAAACUUAUCGGCGAUGAUAUGGUUUCCUGUCUGAGGCCUGGUUGUAUUGGGGUCUUUUGUUAUGAGUGUUUUCUGGAACUACAAAACGUAUGCUCUAUUUGUUCCGAACCGAUGGCUUUGAGUGAUGCGAGCGAUGAUUCAUUUGAAAGAGAUUCCUCCGAGGCAGACUCAAUUGUGUAA